AUGGCUGGAUCGUCAUUCGAAGCAUUCAGCACAUGGGUUACCUUGACUUGUUCCAUGAGUACUAGUUUCGGUGGUGUCAUGGAUUCCCCCUUCUCUGUCAGAUGCACCAUCACGGUCCGCGUGAGGACCAACGCUUUCGGUUCGCCAGUUUUGCUCAACCUAUGUAUCCCCAUCCUUCAUCCGUUCACUUUCUGGGCAGGGUAUUGUGAUUGAACAAACCAUGGCCCCGAUGUGGAUCUGCGAUACCCUGAUCUAGGUUUCGUAUAGCGGCCCAAAAUAUCUAUCCCGUUUCCUGCAGAUAGACUAGUUGCUGGGCCGCUUCAAGUGAUUUGUAUGGCACAGUUGGAACUCAGGAUGAAAGCGCGCGCUUGGUCACAUCAGUUCUUCACAACAAAUUCAAAUUCAUUCGGUGACUUCUAAGAACCGUCCUCCCUUCCUCCGA